AUGAUUUUCAUCAUGUUUCUUACAAUUGUCGAAGAAUGUGCGGGUCUGCCUCUUACAAUUGUCGUUGUAGCUAGUACAUUGAAAGGAGAAGAGGAACCCCUUAUUUGGAAAAACGCACUCAGGGAAUUGAAAGAGACAAUAGAAAAAGUGGAGGGAGUGGAAGCUAAAGUGAUAGAGCGUUUGAAAUUUAGCUUCGAUCACUUAAAGGACGAGAAAGUGAAAUAUUGUUUCUUACAUUGUGCAUUAUUUCCUGAAGAUUUUGAAAUUUGGAAGGAUGAGUUAAUUGAGUGCUGGAUUGAAGAGGGAUUCAUAGAUGAUAUGGCUACAAGACACGAAAUGAAAGGCAAGGGCCAUGUUAUUUUGAAGAAGUUGGAAUAUAAUUGCUUGUUGGAAAAUAUUACCACUGAAUUUGGUUUACAUCGCAUAAAGAUGCAUGAUGCAGUGAGAGACAUGGCACUGUCGAUCACAAGAAUGAAUCCUCGAUAUAUGAUACAAGCAGGUUCGCAAUUAGAAGAGUUACCAGAAAAGGAGCAAUGGAGUCCAGAUAUUGAGAAAGUGUCACUUAUGUAUAACUCCAUAUCAGAAGUUUCCAUAGAUGUGCUGCCUACAAAAUGUCAACUGCUCACAACCUUGUUAUUGCGGGGGAACCCUGUAAAGAAAAUCCCAUAUUCUUUAUUCAUGAACAAGCCUUGUCUUAGUGUUCUCAAUUUGCCUUUUACAAAGAUCGAGAGUUUACCAAAUUCCAUCUCUGAACUAAAGAACCUCACAACAUUAUUGCUUCGUGGCUGUUAUCAAUUAAGAGAUCUGCCAUGUCUUUCGAUGCUUCAAGAAUUGAAGAAGUUAGAUCUUUGUUGGACAGAAAUUGAGGAAGUCCCUGAAGGCAUGGAUUUGCUGAUAAAGCUAAGAUAUCUUGAUCUUCAAGUGUUCACUCUGAAAGAGAUACCCGCUGGACUUUUACUAAAACUCGUUCACCUUCAGCACUUGAGUUUUGAUGUGUACAAUGAAAAAACAAGUCUAAAAGCAGAGGAGAUGGAACCAUUGAAGAAGUUGGAGUGCUUUACCGGACGUUUUGAAGACAUCAAUGAAUUCAAUAAGUUCAUCGCCUCGAUGCAACAAUGUAAGAAAAAUCUCAUCAAGUACUAUUUACAGGUGGGCUCAUCUUUUAUGCCUGCUGCAAGAGAUAAAACAGUAACAAUUGGAGGAGUCCAGAAUUGGGAAGGUGAGUUAAUUACGCACCCAAUUGAAAAUCAACACUUGAAUAUUGUAAAGUGCGACUAUUUGAGAAACAUAGUCGAUGAUAAUUCUUCCCUGAAAAAUGCGAUUGAGUUGAGGAUUUAUGAAUGUAAAGGGAUAGAGUGUGUUGUUUCCUUGUCCUCUUUGGCCUCUUCUUCCGCUCAUCCAUUUCAGAGCGUCGAGAUAUUGGAUCUUCAACAUCUGCCAAAGUUGAGUGCCCUUAUUAUGAAUGAUGCAGGAAUUGGUUCAGCAACAACAUCAACAUUUGCUCCGUCUACCACCUUUUCCCAUCUUAAGAAAUUUUAUUUACAGAGAUGCUCAAGUAUGAAGACGUUGCUUCCACAUUGGUUGCUUCCAAACCUCCAAAACCUGAAAGAAAUACAUGUGGGUGCUUGUAGUCAGCUAGUAGAAAUAUUGGGAGCAGCAACAUCAGAAGUUGAAGAAAAAGGGAGUGAUGCAUUAAUCAAAUUCCAUCUUCCCAAAUUGGGAGAGGUGGAAUUGUGGAGAUUACCAAAUUUGAAGAGCAUAUGCAGCAAAAGUGGAGUGAUGGUUUGUGAUUCUCUCCAACUUAUCCAAGUUUCUGGAGAUUGUGAUGAACUGAAGAGAAUUCCUCCAUUUGUUCCCCUUGUUGGCAAUGGGCAGCCAUUUGCAAUGCUCCACCUUCUCUUACCAUCAGGUCAAGCACAGAAUGGUGGGAAUGGUUGGAGUGGGAUGACCAUCCAAACUUAA